AUGGGUGGUUGUGCUGCACCAAAUUGUUCGAAUCAGUCUAAAAAUAACUUUAGGAUGUUUCGUUUCCCUAGAAAUGAAGAAAGACGAAGAAAAUGGAUAGUUAAUUCUCGUCGAGAUCAAUGGAUCCCGGGCCCAGGAGCGUAUCUUUGUGAGCGUCUAAAAGGCAUUGGUUUACCAAAGCACCGUUCAGUUACAUCCAAUUUUUGUAAUGGUGGCUUGCUGCACAGUUUACCUUUAUCAACUGAAGCGAUUUCUGUUGCUGAACCAUCUGUUGUUCAUUUGCCACAACCUUCAGCUUCAUAUUUUGGAGAAAUAAAUUUUGCUGCCGAAGUAUCUGAUGUUUGUUUGCAAGAACAAGCUUCAACUUCAUCUUGUGAUAAAAUGCCAUCUAUUUGUGAAGGAUCUCAUGUUUGUUUGCAAGAACAGCCUUUAGCCUCAUUUUGCAAUGAAAUACCAUCUAUUUGUGAAGGCUCUGAUGAUGUUCUUUUAAGGACUUUUAUAAAACAGCAGACUGAAUUGAUCUAGCUUCUGCAAUGCCAGAACAAAAUAUUACUGAAAGAACUUACAGCAACCAAAAAAAAUGAAAUUAAUGUUUUAAAAAAAUGGCAUAGCACUGAAAUUCAACUUCAUGACCUUCAAGUACAGCAUGAGGAAUUGCUGAAAGGAGUG